AUGGACUCGGAGGGUGCCCCAGAAUCUCAACAGGAGAGUUCAAUUUUUGGCAUAGGGAAGCUGUCUAUAAACUCAGCCGAAGGCCAUUCUGAAGUCACGCAUCAGACCAAUGGUGUGACCCAUCCGUUGCCUGACUUAGAGGAGUCGACUGCUCCCUACAAAGUCAUCCUGCAGACAGGCGAUGUGAUCGUUGAAUACUUCGAUCCUGAAUCUGAUAUCUCGACUAAAUCCGAAGCGCGCCAUCGUCGUUGGCGAGUCUCCAGCGCUGAUCUAGCGCAAAAUAGCCCAUAUUUUCGGGCCCUUCUUGACCCGGAUAAAUUCUCCGAGGGUAGACGCCUUAUGCAACAGAAGAUGAUGCAUCAGAAGCUCCUGGCUGACAAAAUGGUGAAUGCUGCGUCUUCCGACAACCAAAAUGUAGAAGUGAGCUAUCUGCCUGUCGUAAUCCUCCCGAGCAAACAUGUCUCAUCAAGGCUUGGGUUGGAUGCCAUCAAACUGUUUCUGGAGAUCCUGUCCUUCAACUCCUUUGGAGAAGAACAGAAGUGUUCAUUUGAUGCGGAACUAAAGUUUCUGCCCGUGUCUUUGAUUGCAAGGCUACUGGAGCUAUCGGAUGCAUUCAACUCUCCCAAUGUCGUUCGGGAAUCUCUCAAAAGAGCCGGCUACGCUUUCGGGAAGGGGAAAUAUCAACCUUCAAAAUUCGACUCCUCAUUACUGAAGCUGAGUGAGGACCGCAUCCGACAAACUGUUUUUGUAGCCCGAAUUCUGGAUGAGCCGGUCAUAUAUCAAGUGAUGACCCAUGCAUUAAUAGUCCUUGGCUCGAAGUCUUGGACAAACGGUGUCGAGCCUCCAGUUACUCCUACCUACCCCUGGCGCUAUUUUCCCAACGGUAUAGAAGAGGAGCUCUACUUCCGCCGACAAUGUGUUCUAAACACUAUCACCGACCUCCAAGCCUACUUUCUCCGCGUCUACGGCGCCCUAGAAGACCCCGAGCCCCCCAAACCUUUUGUCCCACGACAACCACUCGCACCAGCCAUCAACCAAGCGCGUCCUUUCCAAUGCCGCUACGGCUUUGGCAACUCCAGUGCCUGCGACGCCUUCCAUCUAGGGCAGAUGACGCGAUUCUUUUCCCUUCGCACAAAGACCAUCUUUCUCGGCUCGACCCUAAUCGAUCCCGACUUCACCCUCGACUCAGAUGCUGACUCCACACCCGAAUCACCACCAGCGCCUCCAUCAGACAUAACAGCCAUCAUAGCCUCUCUCAAACAAUGCCCCGACUAUCAAAUAGACCCAAACCAUGUCGGCUGCGGCAUUCGCCGCCGCUUCCUCCCGCCGCUGGACUGCAUAGAACGCUUCGUCGGCGACGGACGAGGCCUCCUCGGAAUCGACUUCCACUCCUGGACAGGCCAGGAAUGGCCCUUUGCAAUCUCGUCCUCAUGGGCUAGCCGUACCCUUCCUCGCGCAAACGUCAUCGAUAUCCGAAUUUCUAAACUGAGCGCUGUACAUGGGGGAAGCGGUGCUCGACUCUCACUCACCUCUCAAGAAGAGAACGCCAGGUUACUGUUUACCGCGAAAAAGAGGAACUGGGAGGCUUAG